AUGACAAAACGAAAGAAAAGGAUUCAAAAGAUUAUGUCCAUCAGCAUCCAAUUGAUUCUCCUUGUUGCAGGCCUAUGCUUACUUGCUGUCAUUGUACGAACAGCACCCACCCAUGCUGCCAACAAGCCAUUACCUUCCAUCACUGCCGCUUGUACUGCAAACAAUGAUUCUCGUGCCAUGGCAAUCAAGGAAGCAUUUCAACAUGCAUAUAACGGCUAUAGGCUUCAUGCUUGGGGCUCAGAUGAAUUGUUGCCAAAGUCAAAUGGAUCAUCAAACUCAAGGAAUGGUUGGGGAGCCAGUAUUGUGGAUGGCCUUGACACCAUGCUUAUCAUGGGCUUGGAGGACGAGUACAACGAAGCGCUUGAAUACAUUGCCGAGAUCGAUUUUACUCAAUCGGAUACGCCUGUGAAAGGAUUUGAAACUGGCAUACGAUACUUGGGAGGACUAUUGGCAGCCAAUGAUUUGGCACCUAAUCCCUUGCUGGUCCAAAAGGCUGUAGAACUUACCGACAAUGUCCUCUUGCCGUUGUUUGAUCAAUCGCCCUCAAAGGCACCAUUGACGUAUAUGGAUUUGAAAACCAAGGAAGCUGUGAUGGCUGACACUAUCAACCUAGCAGAGUUUGGCACGUAUAGUCUCGAGUUUACACGAUUAUCACAAAUCCUUGGAGACCCAAAGUAUGCAGCCUACGCCAAUAGCGUGGUUGAUCGAGCCUUAAUGGAACCUACCGCCAUUCCAGGCCUAUUUCCCACAACAUGGGAUGCUCACACUUUUCAACCCGUGAAUUCAAGUAUCACCACCAUUGGAGGCGGUGCUGACAGCUUUUAUGAGUACUUGAUCAAGAAUUAUUUGCUGCAGCUGGAUACACCCACUGAUGAAAGGGAUCGUUUAUUGAAUGCAUGGACAACGGCAGUCGAAAGUAUUGAGAGACAUCUUGCCGCACCAUCUCAAGGGCCUGUGAGCCGCAUGUUUGUUGCAUCGGCCACGAAUGAUAAUGCCAAUCGGUUGCAGUAUACUUCUCAAGAACUGAUUUGCUUUUGGCCGGGCAACAUUGCAUUAGGAGCAAGUCAAGUUCCUGAUGAUCGGAGUCGACAAAGAUACUGGCAAUUUGCCAAUGACUUUAUGGAUGCAUGCCAAGCGGUAUGGGAAAAGACUGCCACUGGUAUUGCUCCUGAAAGCUGGUCUUGGUCCGUUAACACCAAUCGUGGUGAACCACCUACAAGGAAACGACAACAAUCAAUGAUUCGUUCUUUUACCAUCGAUAAUGGGCUUUACGAUUUACGGCCAGAAACCAUUGAAAGCAUCUUUUAUUUUUACCGCUUGACAGGAGACACAAAGUAUCAGGAUAUAGCAUGGUCCAUGUUUGAAGCCAUCAACAAGUACACACGUACGCCUUCAGGAUUCACACGUAUAUUCAACGUUGAUACGCUUGAUCCUGAGCAAGAUGAUUUCCAAGAGAGCUACUUUUUUGCAGAGACACUCAAAUACCUUUACCUGACAUUUGUGGAUAAGGAGUGCAUUUCGAUGAAUGAUUAUGUAUUCAAUACCGAAGCGCAUCCUUUCAAGCUUCCUCGAUCAAUACAAGUGCAACAUUAA